UUAUUUCAAUUCUGUUUAUCUGUGGGAGGUGUUGCACACGAUCCCUUCCCUCGCACGUUAUUUUUUUCUUUACAACAACCCUGCGAGGUAGGUGAGGUGGAGAGGUUGCCAUUGGCUCAACUUGACCGAGGCUGAUGUGUAGAUGACAUCCAUGUGCGCCAGGACAUCAAACCCAGGAGGAGCUUCCUGGUGUAGAUAGGACAUCCCUACAGUGGUACCUCGGUUCUCAAACUUAAUCCAUUCCAGAAGUCCGUUCUAAAACCAUGGUGCGCUUUCCCAUAGAAAGUAAUGCAAAAUGGAUUAAUCCGUUCCAGGCUUUUAAAAACAACCCCUAAAACAGCAAUUUAACAUGAAUUUUACUAUCUAACUAGACCAUUGAUUCAUAAAAUGAAAGCAAUAAUCAAUGUACUCCAAUCAAUCAAUCCAUCAAUCAGUAGCUAAACUGGGUUCCACACAUUCACAAAAAAAGCCUCAAAAACAAAAAUGCAAAAUAAAUAGCAAAAACAGACAGACCUCAAGCGUAACACUCAAAACGGAAGUGUUAACACUCCAAACAGAGCAUGUUCGGCUUCUGGAAAAAGUUCGCAAACCGGAACAUUUACUUACAGGUUUGCAGUGCAGUGUUUGGGUUCCAAGUUGUUUGAGUACCAAGGCAUUUGAGAACCAAGGUACCACUGUAUUUCCAUCAGAGAAAUCAUAGAAUCAUAGAGUUGGAAGAGACCACAAGGGCCAUCCAGUCCAACCCCCUGCCAAGCAGGAAACACCAUCAAAGCAUUCUUGACAUAUGGCUGUCAAGCCUCUGCUUAAAUGUUGGACAGGAUGCUGCCACAACCAGCCUUAAGGCCUUGGCUACAAUUUUGCAAACGGCCUUUAAUUGCACAGCUUCGCUUGACAAAAACCAAAUUGCCCGGAGGCCGAAUUCGAGGAUUCAGUCUUUUGUGCCUCCUUCCAUUGGUGGAGGGUUGGAGGAGAGAGAGAGAGAGAGAGAGAGGAAGGAACUUCUGAAUGCUGGGAGGUGUCGCCGGCUGCUAGUCCCUAGGGAGGAAGUCUUGUCCCAUUCAGAGACUACUCCUGUCCUGCCAUGCGCUGGGCGGACGACAGCAGGGCACGCAAACAAGAGCAAGUGGAUCAUUUAUUUAGCAGGUGAAAGGCGAGAGCUGGGCUUCAGUGUCUCGCUUUGUGUUCGCAAGGAACGGCUUUGAGAUCCAGGUGCUGGAGAGAGAGGAAGGAAAGGGACCCCGAGGGGGUGGCCCGACUGGUGCUCUGGGCCUGAGGUCACCAGCGGGACGGCUGGCAGGGGUCUCCUCCUCCUCGAAGGUCCUUCCCAGGGGUCCGUGACGCUCUGGCUGCCAGCCCCCACCCCACCCCGAAGCAUGUAUAGCACCAAGAAGCCCUACAACAGCCCGCCCACCGGUUAUGGGCCCCCCGGUGAGGACUACGGCUACGACAUCCACUCCCCUCCGCCGGGCUCCUACUACAUCGAGGACGUCCCACAGCACUUCUACAAGUGGAACUCUCCCCCCGGGAUCGUGAGGAUCCUGGAGGGCGUGGGGGCCCUCCUCUGUGUCACCAUCUUUGGCUGCGUGGCCUCCACCCUGGCCUGGGAGUACGGCUACGGCUAUGGCAAUCUCUACGGGGGCUCGAUGGGUGGCUACUACGGCGGAGGCAUGGGAGUCUACGGCGGGGGCACCUACAGCGGGAUGGGCAUGGGGUACUACGGAGGCAUGGCCAACCCGCGCUCGGCCAACGGCUUCAUGCUCGCCAUGUCGAUCCUCUGCUUCAUCGCCCUGCUGGCGCUCGCCAUCACCAGCCUCACCAAGUCCAGCGGCUCUCGCUCCCGGAGGUUCUACCUGGUGGUGUUGGUGUUGUGUGUUGUCAUGGCGUUCGUCAUGCUGAUUGCCUCUAUCGUCUACGUCGUGGGGGUCAACCCGCGGGCUCAGAUGUCCAGCAACUACUACGUCAACCCCAUGCUGGCCAUGUGCAACUCGGUCUACACCACGGGGCUCUACACCAACCAAUACCUCUACCACUACUGCAUAGUGGACCCUCAGGAGGCGAUCGCCAUCGUCUGUGGGUUUGUCCUUGUGAUCCUCCUCUGCGUCAUCUGCUUCUUCGCCCACAAGACGCGUCAGAAGAUCUGGCAGUACGGGAAGCCCAACAUUUACUGGGACAAGCCCUUGGCGUUCCAGGAAGGACCCAACGUGGAGGAAUGGGUGAAGAAUGUCACCGACGGGACCAGCACCCAUGAUGAGACAGCGACCCUGAACUACUCCGAAAAGCCGAUGAGCCCCACACAUGCUCCAGCCAGCCCCUACAACUACAAGGUCUCCGGGAAUGGCUACUACCCAGGUGAAAGCCAGAGCAGCCCGCCUUCCUACGCGCAGACAGCCAACCCCGCCUGGACUUUCAGCUCCAGCACGCUGGAAGAGAACGCGCGGGAGAGCGCCAGCAAGCCCUCCGGCCGCAAAGGGCGUAGGCGGAGGAGGAACCCCGAACUCGAGGAAUCGCAGUACGAGACCGACUACACCACGGCCGUGGAGUCCGGAGACGAGCGGGACCAGGAUGACUGGAAGAGCCUGUAUCCCCCAAUCACGUCAGACAGCGUCCGCCAGGACUACAAGCAAGAGUUUGACGCCGACCUCAAGCGGUACAAGGUGCUGUGUGCCGAGAUGGACGCCAUCAAUGACCAGAUCAACCAGCUGAGCAAACAGCUGGACCAUCUGCCGGAAGACAGCCUGCAGUACCAGGGGGUGGCUGAAGAAUACAACCGCCUGAAGGACCUGAAGCGCACUCCCGACUACCAGAGCAAGAAAAUGGACAGCAAGUCUCUGCGGAACAAGCUCUUCCACAUCAAGCGGAUGGUCAGCGACUACGACAAGAGUCGGGCGUAACUUGGAGAGGGGAGCGAGGCAGGCGGCUGCAGGGGGCGCGGUCAACGCUCCCGUUUUCUGCAGAAUUUGAACCCCAAAACAAGACAAGCAGGGAUGCUUUCUUUCGAGCUGUACAUAUGUCAAGAUGACCUCUUUGAUCCAUUCCCGUGCCAAUUUUGCAAAACCAUUUUUUAAAAAAGCAACUCCAUUUUCUUGGGAUCCUGGAACUCUGAACAUGCAUAGCAAAAAGAAGCCAGGAAGAAGAGAAAGAACUUACAAAUCCUCAUUUAGAUAGAGCACUUUCUUAUUUUGGGUGCCAAAGAUUUUUUAAAAACCGUGGGUUGUUCCCAGCUAAGCCCAAGGAACACCGGGCACUGCCUUCCCCCCACUCCCAAGACAGGCCAUGGAAGUACAUGUAGUUUAGUAUUGCCUAUUUUGACUGGCAGCAGCUCUCCAGGGGUUUAGGCAGGUGCCUGGGGAUGCCAGGAAUUGAACCCGGACCCUCCGCAUGCAAAAUGGGUGCUCUGUAACUUAAGCUCUCGGGGGAGCCACCUUAACAUGAGCAAAGCCACUACAGCCCAUCUAGUUUAGUGUAGCCUACACCGACUGGCAGCAGCGAUGCUGCAGCAUCUCAGCCAGGGGUCUUACUCCAGGCCUGCUGAGAAACAUUUUUGCAUGAAAAGCAUGUGCUCCGACUUUGAGCCGCAACCCUUUCCCAUCGCCCAUGUAUUCAGAGUAGACCCACUGAAGUCAAUGGUCCUACGUCGGCCAUUCCCAUCCCUUUCGCGAAGGAGGCAUAGUUGGUUGCAACCCUGAACUUGUGCUCUUUAAAAAGCACUGUACAAAAUUAGCCAUCGAGGAAUUGCUUGUGCAGAACGCAGCCCAGGGAUGAAGAUGGAGGCUCACCGAUCUCCCAUGCCUGGAUUAUCAAUUGAUAAGAGCGUGGGUUCGAGCCCUAUGUUGGGCAAAAGAUCCUUGCAUUGCUGGGGGUUGGACUCGAUGACCUUAGGGGUGGCUUCCACCUCAACAACCCUAUGAUUAGGCGAAUCUUGAAUCAGCUCUCACCCACCCCAAACGAUAGGAUUUCAUGCCAUUGUGUGUUUCGCACUUCCCUGAGCGGCAAGGAGUUAAACAGCACCCAAGAAUAAUUCUGAAAUCUUUUGCCAGCAUUUCUGCCGGGUUUUCAAAGAGCUGGUUCUCCCUUCCCAAGUGAAGCUGGUGUACUGAGAAACCCAUCAGCGGCCUUCCUUAGGAAAUUCCAAAUGUUCCCCAGCAUCUUGGGAGUUUCAUCAUAUCUCCGCACACCAAUGCACCUGCUGAUAAAACUUUUUUUGGGGGGGGGACGGAACAUUCUUGACACAUGUCCGAAAAAGCAGGGUGGCAUUGCGAUUUCACAUGCACAGAAAAUCCAGAGAAAGGUUUUGCUUAGCCAAGCUUCAACUCAGUGGGGGAAUUUGGCAAGGCACGGCAGCGAACGGCGAGAAAAACUCUCAGACCUGGGGGAAUUGAUUGACACACACAAGACUAAAAAUACGAAGUCAAAGUGUGAAUAGGGGGUAGGGGGGGCGUCCCAUUCCAAAACAGAGAGACACCCCCAGCAAUCAGACGGCAGACUCCCGAAUAUUCACUCCCAUUGAUGCAGGUUCAAAGCGAACCGUCCAGUGAUCCAUCUACUGACUCAUUCAGCAUUGUAAAUAUACAACCCCCAUUUAUGCAUGUUUGGGGAUUUAUCCAUUUGAGUGUGGGGAAGCUGGGGG